GCAGCUGAGUAGGCCCAGAGCACGGCUGGAGGGAGGAAGCCUGUGAUGGGAACCCGCCCAGAGGCCCCCCGCCUGUGCCGGGCCCCCUGGCUCCUGGGAUUCACCUGCCUCCUCCUCAGCGCCUUCAGCACUGCAGUCAGGAGCUCUGGGGCCCGUGGAUCUGGAGUGGAAGAUUCCAGAAACCUAGUUUCCUUGAAGGGGACUCAAGGAGGUUCUGUGGUGUUUCAUGUGACCAGACGUCCAGAAGUACCUCCUGAAGCCAAGCUGGAGAAGAUUUCUUGGGCCGUUAAAAACGAGUCAAACUACAUAGUCCUCCUGCACGUGUCUCCUGGGGUGGAUGUUCCAGAAUGGGUCAACCCCCAGGACAAGUUCAAGAAGAGGCUCCAUGUGCUCAACACAACGACCCUGAGGAUUGACAAGCUGACCCUCGAGGACAGUGGGUGGUACCGGGCUCGAUGCUCCUUCAGCACAGGGAUAGAAAAUGCCCAGUAUUUCCACCUCAGUGUCUAUGAGCCCGUGCCCCAUCCCCAGGUCCUGGCCGAGAUCCUGUCCCUCAUACGAGACUGGUGCAACGUCACCCUGGAGUGCCACGCCCUGGAAACCUCAGGGGCCAUGAACGUGUCCUGGGAGAGCAAGGGCCUCCCCAGGGAGCUGGAGCAGAGAGGGGCCCCUGGACUGGCCCCCAACCUCUGGACCCUGGCUUUGAUUCUGCCCCUGAGCCAGCCCAGCCCCAGGGUCACCUGUGUGGUCAGCAACCCGGUGGACCAGAAAAGUGCCACCCGGGACCUCAGGGAAGUCUGUGGCCACGAUCCAAACGGACAGCACAUUCACCUGCCAAACAUCCUGUGGACUGUUGUUCCCAUCGUGUUGGCUUCCACGCUGCUCGGAUUUGUAUUCUGUACAUUGGUGAAACGUAACAGGGAUCGGAGGAACCACAUCUAGACCAGGGGAGGCCUCUCAGCACUGUCUACACUGAGGUCCCCACGCCAGGCCAGCUCAGGAUGGAGAUUUAAUUGGAAGAAGAAGGGAAUCCAGCCUCUGGAGACAUCUUGGAUGUGAGUGUGAAGCCUGCAGCCCUGGUCCUGCCCCUCCCCCUCUGACUGCUCUGAGCAGGGACGGAUUCAGCCAACAUCGGUGAAUUUCUACGCAAACUCCUUGUGCACAAGUUCACCAGACAGACAGCAUGUUAGAUCGAGGCGGGAAUGGAGUCUCUGUAUUUGCCCAAACCUGUGUCCCAGUUCCGCGCAGCCUCAGCUACUUUGGCCACUGUAAAGGACCGCACUGUCCCCAGGUCUGAACGACCUCCCUCUGCCUGUGAGAACCCGCAGCCUCUGGGACCAAGUCAUUAUGAUCUCACAGCAGGCAGCCUUCGGCAGUUUAACAUCACCCAGCUGUCCCACUGUG